AUGGCUGCCAUAUUCACAAUCCGCCUGCCCAGCGGUGUCAGCUUCGAGGUCAAGUUGCCGCAUGGGAAACCGUUGGCAAAAGAGGUCAAACUGGCCAUCAAGGAGGCACGGGCAAUUCCUGUGCAUGAUCAGCGCUUGAUCCUUGACGGUCAAGAACUGCCGGAUUUGAGCGUAGUGGUCGAGACGGACAAGGAGAUCUCGCUGAUCAUUGACAACACCAUCACGGAGACGGCUGUGGAAUAUAUGAGGAAUUGUUGGAAUGCGGUCGUGGGACGGGAUUCCAUGUACCAUGAGGAUAUCCCGUCAGCUAAAGAGUUGGAGGAGUAUGCACUGCAGUGCCGCGAACGUUUCGUGCGGGCAUGGGCUUUCACCACAGAGACCGAGGAAGACAGGCUGCUCGCGCUGAAGCUGCUGGAUGUCAUGGCCGGAAGGCGUUCCAGAGAUGACGUGGUGCACGACUUUGUCACGCAGUGCAUAGAAUGGGCGCUUCGAUGCGAUAGAAUCCCUGUGACGGAAGAAUCCGUGCAGCAAUACCUUGCUGAUAUGCGUGAGGUGGCCUGGGCGGUGGAAGCCUCUCGGAAACGCAUGGAGCAGAUCAGUGAUCCUUACGAUCGCGAUAUCCUGGACCUCAAGGCUGACGAGCUGUCUUGCACGGCCUUGUCCGACUACCGACAGCGUGCCUGGUGCAAUGGCCUUUCCAUAAAGGAUGCGUAUGAAAGAAGCCGACGGCGUGACUUGCUUGUUCUGGACCCCAUCGAGCGAGAAGUUCUCGAGAGGUGGCGCAAGGUUGACGAGUUGUCUUGCAAGGCCGUGGUUGACUACCGAGAGCGCUCCUGGGGCCAAGGUCUUUCCGUUGAGGAUGCUUGUCAGGUGAGCCGACAGCGCGACCUGCUUGUCCUGGACCCUUUCGAGCGUGAUGUCCUCGACAGAUGGGAUAGACCAGGAGGUGUCCUUCAAGCAAGCCGUCAGUAUGCUGCUGCUUGUGGCGAUGGUGACAGCCAGGACACCAUGCAGGGCUGGGUCGAGUUGCUAUCCCCUUACGAAGCGCCGCGCAGCCCCGAAGCGCCGCUGAAAGCGCUCGCAAUGGAUGCUUGCACUUUCCCUGUGCAGGUGGGGCUCAUCGAUGUGAAGCAUGGAGUGCCAGGUUGCGCACAAAAUCGAAAGCUUUGCUUAAGUUUUGGUGACUGGUUCGCAGUGCCAGUGGUUGUGGUGGAGCCAAUGCACGCAAAACGAUCCUGGAGAAACCAGAUUUGUGAAGACCUGGUGCGUGCAGGCAUUCCAUCUUUCGCGUUCAUCCCAUCAGCCGUCGCCGCGUAUCAGAUCCAGCCGAGUUUUGAGAGCAUGAUCAUUGUUGAUGUCGGCACUGACCAGCUGUCUGUCACGCCCGUCUAUGAGGGCUGCCUCGUGGUUCCGGCAAUCGUGACGUGGGAGCGUGAAGAUUUGGAUUCCCAGGAUCAGGAGCCUGGCCUAGACCGGAUAAAGACUGCCAUCGAGACAGCACUCUCCCGUUGCCCACUGCACACAACUCAACGAGGGGUAGGCACAUAUGAUGCAGCUCCUUACUCAAGAAGCGUGCAUCUCAUCGGCUGCCGAAGCUCUGAAGCUCUUGCCCGGCAGCUGCAGAACGAGUCUGCGGGGCUGUCAGUGAAGUACGACGGAGCAGAUGCCGCAUGGCGGGGUGCGGCCAAGGUGUGCCUGCACCCGUGCUUGCGGAGUCUCUUGACCACCAAAGAGGAGUAUUUGGAGCACGGGUGUUCUGCUGUUCAUCGGAAGUGCCUUUGA